AUGGGCAUCCUCAGCUUCCUGCUUCGACCCUCUCGGCCGGCACCCUUCGGGGAGGUCCAAAAGCUGGGCAGCGUGCGGCAGCGACUCACCUUUGAAACGACUACGAAGAAUGGCGCGCAAGAUCUUCUGGUUCAGGCUUUCUACCCUGCAGAGGAUGUUCGCAACCCAGACGCGAAGGAGGAGCCCUUCUUCCGUGAGCAGAUCUACACGGAGAUAGGCACGAAGAGGGACAUCCCCUUGUGGGGUCUCCGCGCAUUGCUUGACUUUCCGCAAAUCGAUGCGCCCCUGCGGCCUGGCAAGCCCGACUCUUCGAAGAAAUGGCCCGUGGCCGUGUUUUCCUCGGGGCUAUGGGGCUCAUGUGAGAUGUACACCCAAUUCUGCCGGGAUCUGGCAAGUUUGGGCGUGAUCGUCCUGGCCCUCGAGCACGAGGAUGGGAGCGGCAUUUGGGCCACGAGCGGUACUGGCGAGCCCAUCCCGUACAAGGAUCCACCCUCAGGCUCGACGAUUCCUGAGUUUCGUGCUCCGCAGUUGGACCAGAGGGCAUCGGACCUCGCGGCAUCGGCGUUUGCCAUCCAAAGCAUCGCGCAAUCGGAGGCGGGUCACACCAGCAACACCUCGCUGCUGGCAGAGGUGCUCCGCACCGGCGAUGCAAACGACCUCCACUUUGUGGGCCAUUCAUUCGGGGCGGCAGGUAUGCUCACGUACCUGAAGGACCUCGCCGAGAAGGGCUUAGAUUGCCCUUACGGCAGUGUGCAAGACUACAUUGGCAUGGCUUUGCUUUGGCCAUCGCUCCCGUUCAGCUUCAACUACGGCACCAUCAAGCUUCAGCUGAGAGUUCCUCGCAUCGUUCUCAAAUGCCUUGUCGAGCACGCAGCACCAGCCUCGAGGCAUGCGCAGGAGAAGAUGUCCCGGUUGAUAUGUGUACCCAGGCAGGACCACCUCACCGAGAUGCUCACGCACCGCUACGUGGGCAACGAGGACUGA